CCGACGAGAUGGUCGUGUGACGUCGCUCCCCGUCCCUCCCCCCGCGCGCUAUUACCGCGUACUUUACUUAUUUUUGUCAAACCCUACGGCCAUAUUUGUUUUAUUUUAUUGUUUUAAUUAUUACUUUAUUAGGCAUUACACGGUCAUACCUUUGCCUGAUAAUAAAAAAAAAAAGUUGUGUUGUGUACAUAGGUAUAGGUAACAAUAGCGUGUUCGAAUUUCGAUUUGAUUUCUAAGUGAUUACGGUUUACAAAAUUACAACAAACAAAUUAAUUAUUGUUUUCGCAAUGUGACUCCAUUAUUAGACGUGUUGAAAUUUUAAAUUAGGCAAUUAUAAAAUUAUCUGUCGUUAAUUAUAAAAAAAAAACAAAAGGAUAAUUAAAAAGUAUGUAGUGUGAUAAAAAAAAAGUGUUUUGUUUAGUGCGUUUUAAAAAUAGAACGUGGAAGCUGUUUACGAGUACAGUCAGUAGUGUUUUAAAAAUAGUGCAAUGUGUACAGUGUAGUUAAAUAUCAAAAGAUGCAUUCGAAAUUUAAAAUUUCGCCAACCUGAGUGUUUUGUGUUUAGUGCUACCUUUAUUGGAUUACUUAUCAUGGAGAAACCUUCUUACAAGUUGGUUGGAACGCCGUGCGGUCAACACGGACAAUACACGUUCUACAAGGCGAUCCGACUGACAGGCCCCGGGGAGAGGAUAUACGCCAUCGGAGACUUCUUCUUCGUCAGGAUAUGGCAGGACUCCGAGCUAGUUUCCAUUGGUGAACUGCAACUCCUAUGGACGGACCGAGUCUCCGACCAGACCCUGGUCUCCCUGAGGCUGUACUUCCUUCCCGAGAACACGCCAGACGGCAGGGGCUUACAUGGAGAGGACGAAGUCCUAGCCAUCAACGACAAAGUGGUACUCCGAGCGGAGGACCUGCUGAGCUGGGUAUGUUCGGGCGCCGGCUGGCGCUGGGGCCUGCGCGCCGUGUGGCGGGGGGCCUGCGCGCCGCCAGCGGAGCCCCAGCCCACCGCGCCGCUGCACCACACCAGGCUCGACUUCAGCGAUGUCGACCGCGAGAAGAGCGCCAUCUCUGUGGACGUGGAAGCGCCAGGAGUGGUGGUGUUCUCGUACCCUCGCUACUGCCGCUACCGGGCCCUGCUGGCGCGGCUGGAGGGCAUACAGGCGGACUGGCUUCGGGACUCGCUGGUGGCCGCGCUGGGAGGCUACGCCGCGCCCACUAAGAACACUAGGAUAUUGUACUGUAAGGACACAUUCGAGUACCCGGAGUUAGAAGGGCACGAGUUUGUGUGUAACCACCUAGCUCCUAAACUGAAGGGCAGACCGCGCGGUCGGCGGAGGCGCGCGCCGCGCUCGCGGUCUCGCUCGCGCUCGCCGGACUCGCGGUCAAGCGACAGCGAGGCGAGAAAUACUCCUGAGACUAAGACUCCAAGAAGGCUCUCCCUCCGAAAUGGACCAGAGAAGCAGAGCGAAGAAGAGGAAGAAGUGGAGAAGAAGCCGGAGGAAGUAGCGAAGGACAAAGCUUUCGAGCAGCAGCUGAAAGACUUCUUCACAAGGAAGGGUCAAACACUGAAGAUAUCGCAUAGCGUCAAAAACGUGUCGUUGCGAAGUCUAUACGUGGCGGCGGUGUCGGUGGGAGGCUAUGAGGCGGCGUGCCGCGGGCAGUUCUGGAGACGAAACUAUAACGAGAAGGCUUCCAAAGUGCGGCGGUUGUAUGAGAGAUACCUCCUACAGUUCGAACACCACGAAAGGUGGAACGGCAGAAAAUUCCCCAAACUGCCCAACGGAAAGCUAACCGAACCAAAGACCAUAGACACGAUAGACGUCACAGACUCGCCAAUACGAGACAUAGACAAACCAAAAGAACUGCCAGAGAAAAGGCUGAGAACACCUUCACCGAAGAAGCAAGAAAAACUAAUCCUAGACAACGAAACUGGAGAACUAUUGAAGGAAGAACUGAAUAUCACGUCAAAACCUGCUGAAGAACUAAACAGAGAAUUCCUAGAUUCUCUACCACCCAAAGUAGAAGAGAAGGCUGUGAAGAUUUUCGUGAAACCCGUAGAAAAACUAAUUGAGCCGAGUUUGAAGGAAAAUGUCGUAAAAAUAUUCGAAGAGAACACAGCCUUAAUGUCUGAACUGACUAAGCAGAAAUUGAUGGAUUCUAGCAAGAGUGUAGAGGCGAAGCAUAUGAGUGAAGGGAAUAGCAGGUUCUUGAAUGAGCUGGCCCAAAAAUUGCAUUUAGGUAAUUCAGACACCAGAUUUCUGCAGCAUCUCUCUCACAGUCAGUCGACUGACAGUCUGUCGAGUUUAUCUUCUUUGGGAGAUAAAUACACUAACGGACACACAAAUGGCACCAAUAACGCUGAACAGAAGUCUCGUCCGGCGGGGCGGAGCUCCCUGCGUGCCGUCCGAGUGAAGCCCACGCGACCGAUGACUGCCAGACAAACCCCGCCGGUCCCCCCUCCCCGCUCGGACUCGGCGUCGUCCUCCCCCACGCUGUCGGCCGCCACCACCCCCGUGUCCACGCCCAGCGCUGGGCCCACCACCACCAUCACCAACUUCGGCAUCCACCACCCGCCGCCGCCCGCCACCAGCGACGACGACAUCGUCGAGGUACCUUACCAACCAAAGAGCCCAGAAAUCAUAGACCUGGACGAAUACCCCGAGAGCCCACAAGGAAUCAAGAAGAAAAAGCUGGAAAUCCUCAAGGAAAGGGGCCUCGAAGUGACAGCGGUCCCCCCAGGCCCCGUGUGGCCCCAACUCGCCAACCCCAUCACCCCACUCAUCAACCCUAGCCCCAUAAUCCUCAACCCAGCAGUACAACAUCAGAUCUUAAGCCAAGCACAAAUGUUCCAAAUGUACAACAUCAUUCCAAAUUACCCAAACGGGGUCCAAGCACCCAAAGUCAUUCAAGCUUCAAGCGCUUUCGGGAACGCGGGACCCGAAAAAACCGUUUACGGCAACCCCAAAGACCCAUUUAUGCCCCCACCGCACCUCCUCCAAGGCACCCCAAUAAAACCCCAAAGGAGUAUAACCACCCCUGUUCCAACCCCUCAAGAUAUUUUAGACUUGACAUGCAAAACCCAAGCAACCCAAAAACCAGCCGUCGAAAUCGUCAGAAUCCCAUCCGAUUCCACCCCAUCCCCUUCAAAAACACAAAACCCCCAAAACUUAAGCAAAAACUACACAAUCCUCGACGGCAAAGCUGUGGUAUCAAAUCUAGAAAUCACAUUGGUCAACCCGAAAUCCCAAACGCCACCAAAAAAACCCCCCCAAAAACGGUCUUCAAACGGCAAAUUUGCGUCCCUCAAAACGCCUACCCCUCCCAAAGAUUACCCUAAAACAUUCCCAACCCCGUCCCCUAAAAAACCCCCAAUAGUCGUACCUAGUUAUCAAAUUGCUAAAGAAGAAUCCCCGAGUAGUUCAACGCAAACUCAGAACAAAGAUUUGAGUUUACAGAACAGUUUGCUCCAAAAUGUUUUCAAAAACCAAAAUUUAGCGCAAAUGAUGGAACUGCAGAAGGUCCCUAUGGCGCCUUUAAUGGACCCUUUAUAUAUGCAGCAUAUAUACAGCAGUCUUGGCCAAAUGGACCAAAGACAGUUGGCCAUGUAUAGGGACUUUAUGACCAAUCAGUUUAGGGGUUACACGGGGCUACUAAAUAUGGCGACGCCUACAACGAAGAAUUAGUGAUUUUAGUGAUUUCUAGUCGGAUAAGUUAGGAAUUUUAGCAAUUUUAGUGGACACUAGUUUGAUUAAUUAUUAUGUUGAAGCUUUUUCUUUUAAAAAAAAGCACAGAUACCAGUUUUUUUAUAUAAAAGAAUAUUAGCCAUGCUAAUCAUGACUAAUACUCCCCUUUCCCCUC